AUUCCUGAACUAACUUCAAGUUUGUGGUGAUGGCUGUAUGGCGUGUGUUAUCACAAAGGCUAAAUACUUAGAAUAGUCGAGAAGAAAAAGAAAAAAAAAACUACAUAAUUUAUAAAUUAUUAAGUAUUACUAUUAAAAAUGAAUACUAUUGUUUAUUCAAAAGCAAUGGCUGGUGUUAAUUCAGCCAUCAUAAAACGAUGUUAUUCGAGAUGUCCAUUAAAUUUCGAAUCACAAAAGUUACUUUUUUCAUGUACAAAAAAUAUCGAUAAUAAUUUAAGACGUCAAAUUGAUUCAACAUCAUAUGAGGCAUCAUUACAAAAAUUUUCAUUAACACAAAAUCGUAAUUUUACAUUAACACCAAGAUGGUGUGCACAGGAAUCAUCAUCAAAAGUUGAAGAUACAGUUAAAAGUUUAAAAGAAGAUAAAGAGGAAAAAGAUAAAACAACUGUUGUUGCAUCAAAUGAUGCAUCAAAAAAAGCUGAACAAGCAAUUGUUGAAAAACGUACAAUGUGGCAAAAGGUUAAAGCUGAAAUGGUACAUUAUUAUCAUGGAUUUAGAUUACUUGGUUUAGACAUGAAAGUAUCAGCAAAAUUAAUUUGGCGUGUUUUGCAUGGUAAUGAAUUAACAAGAAGAGAACACAAAUUGCUUGUUAAAACAACUGGUAACAUGUUCAGAUUAAUUCCAUUCUCAGUAUUUAUUGUUGUUCCUUUCAUGGAACUUUUAUUGCCAGUUUUUAUUAAAGUAUUUCCUGGUAUGUUGCCAUCAACAUUUCAAACAGCAACUGAUAAAGAAGACAAGCUAAAACAAGCAUUAAAAGUUAAAAUUGAAAUGGCUAAAUUUUUACAAAAAACACUUGAUGAUAUGGCUGUUCAAUCAUCAGAUCAUCGUUCAGUUAAAGCCAAAGAAUUUGCUGAAUUUUUCCAAAAAAUGCGUUCAACUGGACAUGAAGCAUCAAACCAAGAAAUCAUGAAGUUCAGUAAAUUAUUUGAGGAUGAAAUAACAUUAGAUUCAUUAUCAAGAGCUCAAUUAAUAGCUCUAUGUCGUGUCUUGGAUGUACAAACAUUGGGUACAACAAAUUUCCUUAGAUUUUUAUUGAGAAUGAGACUAAGAAAUUUAGCUGCUGAUGAUAGAUUAAUUGAAAAAGAAGGUGUUGAUACACUUGAACGUGCUGAAUUACAACAAGCAUGUAGAGCAAGAGGUAUGCGUGCAUAUGGUAUGCCAGAAAAUAGAUUGAGAGAUCAACUAUCACAGUGGCUUGAUUUAAGUAUUAAUCAAAAAGUACCACCUUCAUUAUUGUUACUAUCACGUGCAUUGAUGGUACCUGAUACAAUGCCAAUGGAAGAAAAACUUAAGGUUACAAUAUCAUCAUUACCAGAUGAUGUAUUGGCACGUACAAAAGGUUCAAUUGGUGAAAAAGAAGGUAAAAUUGAUCAUAAAACAAAUAUUGAAAUUAUUAAAUUAGAAGAAAAGAGAAUAUUAGAAGAAAGAGAAGAAAAUAAAGAAUCAAUUCAACCAGAACCAAUUGUAUCAUCAUCAUCAUCAUCAUCAUCAAUAAAUGUUGAUGAUAAAAAAGAUGAAAUAACAACAAAUGAUGUUAAAGUACUUGAACAAGCACUUGAUUCAAUUGGUGAAAAGAAAAUGGCUGUUGAAAAAGAAGAAUUAAAAGAACUUAAAGAAGAAAUGGCUGAAUAUCAAGAAGAUAUACAAGAACUUGCACAAAUAACAUCACAAUCAGAUGCUGAUAAUGCUAAAGAUUUACAAGUAUCAAAAGGUGCUAAACGUUUAUACAAUAAGGUUAAUAAAAUGAUCAAUAAAAUGGAUGUUGUAUUGGGAGAAUUAGAAAAAUCAGAAAUGAAAGUUAAAGAAAAAAUUGAAACAUUAAAAUCAGAAGAUAAAUCUGAUGAUAAAGUUGUUGAAGAAUCAGUUAAAAUUGAUGAAUUAAUUGGUGCUAUUAAACAAAUACAAAAUAUUCCUGAUGAUGCUAGAUUAGCAAGAAUUGAAGAUAUUCUUGGAAAAAUUGAUGAUGACAGAGAUGGUGCUAUUAAAAUUGAAGAUGUUUUAAAGGUUAUUGAAAUGAUUGGAAAAGAGGAUGUUAAAUUGAGUAAAAAACAAGUUACUGAAUUGAUUGAUUUGAUUGACAAAGAAGAAGUUCUUGAGGUAGAAGAUCAAAUACAAAAAGCACUUACUAAGGAAAAUAAAGAUAAAGAAGCAUCACCAGUUCCAUCAACACCAGUAACUAAAGCUGAUAAACCACUUAAGGAAGAAUUUGAUGAAGAAAAAAAUACAAAAAUUAACAUCAAAACAUCAGCUGGUGAAGAACUUCAUGAUAGUGCACCUGUUUUAAAAGAUUCAAAAAAAACAAUUAAAAAUACAUCAAUAUCUGGUGUACCACCAUCAAAUCCAAAAAAAGCUGAAGGUUCCAAGCAUCUGUGAUUUGCACAAUAAAUAAAUAAUUAAGUCAACGCUCUUUAGAAUAAUAAAAACUUCUUUUUAAUUGUUUUUUUUUUUUUUUUACCAGAAUGAUUUACAAGUAAAAUACAGUUAAAAUUAAUUAUUUAAAUAAUUCAAUUAUCUUUUAAACAAUAAUAAUCAAGAAUUUUAAUACGAAAAAAUUGUAUUUUUUAAAGCAAAAUGAUCAAUUCAAAAUAAGCGACAGA